GUCAAAGAAAGCUCAAAGAGCUUUUAGGCCACACUCCAUCACAAGUCGUUGCUGGGGCUCUUUUAGGCCACCAAAACAUCUUUCAUCCGCUUCAGAUAUACUGAAAGAGAGAAGAGAGAUGUCCGGAACCAAGGAGAUGGCCAUGAAAGGCACUGCUUAUGCUCCUUCGUCAACUUGGGGUGGAUUUUUAUUAAAAAAACUUGGAAGGAGAUCUUCCUUCUCUUCUUCAUAUGUAAAGUUUCAGAGAAUAAUGGCGAUGGCCACGUCACCAACUAUUUCUGCUCCCAAACGCGAGAAGGAUCCGAAGAAGCGAGUAGUAAUAAGCGGAAUCGGCCUGGUCUCCGUUUUUGGAGAUGAUGUUGAUGGUUUCUACGAUAAGCUCCUCCGCGGAACAAAUGGAGUUAAAAUGAUCGAUCGGUUCGACACCUCGGCGCUCCCGGUCAAAUUCGCCUGUCAAAUCCAGGGGUUCACUUCGGAAGGGUACAUUGAUCGGAAGUGUGAUCGGCGGCUGGACGACUGCUGGAGAUAUUGCCUCGUCGCCGGCAAGAAGGCGCUUCACAGCGCAAAUCUGGGCCCACAACAAUUGAUUAAUAUGGACAGAUCAAGAAUAGGAACAGUAGUGGGAGCAGGAGUGGGAGGCUACUCAAUUGUCUCCACCAAGAUAGAGAAAAUGAUCAGAAGCGGGUAUCAUAACCUAGGCCCAUUCUUCAUCCCAUGCCCAAUCAUCAACAUGGGCUCGGCUCUGCUCUCUAUUGAUUUUGGGCUCAUGGGCCCGAGUUAUGCGAUUUCCACCGCUUGUGCCACGAGUAAUUGUUGCUUCAUCGCCGCCGCCAGUCAUAUAAGGAAAGGGGACGUUGACGUGAUGAUUGCCGGCGGGACGGAGUCUCCUAUUAUUCCGAUGGGCGUUGCGGGCUUUUCGGCCUGCCGGGCUUUAUCUCAACGCAAUUUUGACCCCGAGACGGCCUCUCGUCCUUGGGAUAAGGCCCGCGAUGGUUUCGUCAUGGGUGAAGGGUCUGGCAUUCUGGUGAUGGAGAGCUUAGAGCAUGCAAUGAAAAGGGGGGCUAAUAUAAUAGCAGAGUAUCUGGGUGGUGCAAUAACCUGUGAUGCCCAUCAUGUCACUGAACCCCGCUCAGAUGUGCUCGGAGUCACCUCCUGCAUCACAAGAAGCUUGGAGGACGCUGGGGUUUACCCUGAUGAGGUGAAUUAUAUCAAUGCACAUGCGACAUCUACACCAAUGGGAGAUGUAACAGAGAUGAAUGCAAUAAAGAAGAUGUUUAAGAAUACAUCGGAGAUUAAAAUAAAUGCGACCAAGUCAAUGAUUGGGCACUGUCUGGGGGCAGCUGGAGCAUUGGAAGCCAUUGCUACAAUCAAAGCUAUUACCACCGGCUGGCUGCAUCCGACGAUCAAUCAAUAUAACUUGGAGGCAGAGGUUACCAUUGACACAGUGCCGAAUGUGAAGAAGAAACAUGAGGUUAACGUUGCCAUAUCGAAUUCCUUUGGAUUUGGAGGCCAUAAUGCGGUGGUGGUUUUUGCUCCUUUCCGACCUUAGAAGAAGAAGCAGAAGAAGAUGAAGAAGAAGACGAUGAAGAAGAAUUGUGACAGAGAAGAUUUAUUCUACGAGCUAUAAAAGCUUGAAGUGAUGUACUCUUUCUUCUAAUGUUUACUAGUAAACUAUUGUACAGAUGCAG